GAACAGAAAUAGUUUAACAUUCAUGGUCUUCUCACCACCACACCCUUUCCUUUAUUUGAUUUCAUUAUAAAGACAAACAACUCAAAGUAGCCUGCCCCUAACUCUAGUUGUUCUCAUUCUCUAUCUCUCUCUUCUUCUGAGCUCCAUAACUUUUUGUUAUCCAAUUUUCUGUUACUGGUUGUCAGGAAUUGGGUAAGAAUAGAAGUCGUCUGUAUGAUGGAUAACGCCGAUGAUGAGCAAACUUACUUUAAUAAACAAGAAUCAAUGCUACUACACCAAACUAGCCAAAAUCCAUGUUCACCACCGUCUUCACCACCACCAGCCACCGCAUCACCUUCCUCAGUCUCUUCAUCUCCUACUCAUGAAUUCUCCUUUACCGUUUCUCUCCACCCAAACCCACCACCAAUAUUCACUCAACGUCAUAAUUCUGAUACUUAUGAUAGCGAUAACAACCAUAAAACCGACACUACUAGUUCUCUUCUACCAUAUCCACCAUUGACAGCUAUUGACUUAUCUCCAGCGGAUGAUAUCUUCUUCCACGGCCAUCUCCUUCCUCUUCACCUCCUAUCUCCUCUCCCUGUCUCCCCUCGCUCCUCCACAAACUCAAUGGACAGUUAUACCCUCCCCAGCAGCCUCUUAUAUGACCAAACCAACCCUAUCGGAAACACCAGCUUCCACUGCCACCACCAAACCGCCUUCUCCGAUUUCGAAGAGCCUGAGGUCGCCAUUAGCAAUCAAAACCGACCAAAGUCCAAAUCUUUUUCACUCUUUAGCAUACCCAAAUGGAAAAAAAGGAGUGAUGAUGAGAGAGAAAGAGGUGAAGAUCAAAAUACCAAGAAGCUGAAGUUAGAUUUAGGUCAGCUCAUCAAGAGGUACAUGAAAAUGGUAAGGCCUUUGUUGUCAUUUCCAAAGUCGAGGAGGUCAAAUACGACUUUUAACCAUCAGUCAUAUUCAUUUUCUGGAAACUCACUGAGUUCCAAGAGUAGUAAACUGCCGCAUAUGAAUAGAGGUGGUAAGAGAAGAGGGCAGUUCUCGGCGCCGGCGUCUAUGCGGACUUCUCCGGCUAACAGCGGAAUCAUUCUUAACUCGGGGACUGUGAGUCCCGCCAAAAGUACAACAAGUGAAAGCACCAUGGAAGAAUUACAUGCUGCAAUUCAAGCUGCUAUUGCUCAUUGUAAGAAUUCCAUCGCCAUCGAAGAGAAAAUUCAGUCCGAAAAUUAAAUCAUUUAUCAAAUUUAGAUACGUCGACGUCAAAGAAAGAGUCCAGGUGUUGAUCAAUUUUAACACGCCAAUCAUCUUAUAGAGUAAAUAAUAAUGUGCGUCGUUUUAUACACGAAAUAUCAACAUUCAACCAAUCAUAUAUGUCUGACUAA